AUAUAAAUGUUCCAGGAACCGUGUGAAUACAUUUCCAAAAAUGGAGGUGAAUCGAGUAUCAAGUUUGAUUCUGAUACUCAGCACUGUUUUCUUGAUUUCUGCCGAAGGGAUAUUGGGAGCUGAUGAAACCAUCGUAAAGUUACCGAAAGGACGAAUUCAAGGACACAUUCUGAAGAGUUCGAAAGGGGCUAGCUACUAUGCAUUUCAGGAUAUUCCAUAUGCAGCACCACCUGUAGGUGAGAAUAGAUUCAAGGUUCCAAAAGAACACGAAGGUUGGAAUGGCAUAUUGGAUGCAACAAAUAAUACCAAAAUCUGUCAUCAAGGACUUUUUCCGGGUACAGUUAAUAUCAUUCUUCCACCUACUAACGCCACUCAAUCCGAAGACUGUUUAUUCUUGAAUGUUUAUACUCCUGUGAAACCCGGAGGCAACGAUUCUCUCUCUGUCUUUGUAUUCUUACAUUUGGGUGCAUACGUUUUUGGAGAUGGCUCGUUCGAAGUUUACGGUCCAAAACAUCUCAUGGAUCACAAUAUUGUUGUAGUAACAAUGAAUUAUCGAUUGGAUGCAUUAGGUUUUCUCACUACUGGGGACGGAGUUAUUCCUGGUAAUCUCGGUCUGAAAGAUCAAAAUUUUGCGCUGAAAUGGGUUAACAAAAACAUCAAGUUGUUCGGAGGAGAUCCCAAGAAAGUUACUCUAGGAGGGGGGAGUGCAGGAUCUAUGUCAACGGCUCAACAUUUAUUGAGCAAAAAAAGUAGAGGUCUAUUUAGCAGCGCCAUUUUACAAAGUGGUACAAUCAAUUCAUGGGGUUACCAAGCAACGCCAAGGGAAUAUGCUUUUACUCUGGGAAACAUUUUGGAUAACUCCAUCGGUUAUACGAAUUCUACUAAGCUUUUAUCAGUAUUGCAGAAGGCUUCAGCCGCUGACAUAAUGGCGGCUUCACAAAAGGUUCCAAAUCAAGAGAGCAAUACAGGUGUAGUUAAAGAUUCUGUUUUUGUACCAAUUAUUGAGGACCCCAGUUUAGAUGACACUUUCCUGACAGUGCCUAUGCAUGAUGCAUUUCGAGAUGGAAAAUUCACUCGAGUACCCACUUUGGUAGGCUUCAAUGAUGAGGAGGGAAUCACAUUCUAUCCAUUAAGUAUGUACAUUUACUUUAAUUUAGACUCUAAAAACAUGAGUCUUUUGGGAGACAAGUUAUGGAAAUUUUAUACAGGAAACACUUCAUUCAUAGAAAAUCCAGGAUCACUGCUAACUUUUUCCUCUGAUGACAUUAUUUCAAGAAGUAUAAUUCGUUUUGCUGAUAUUACGUCAAAGUAUACACCAACUUACUUUUAUAAACUAUCUUAUGGAGGCGAACCUUUUGUGAAUUUUCCUGGUGUUGGAACUGUAGGUCACGCAUUUGAAAUACCAAUCAUUUGGGACUGGACUUUUCUACCUGACAAACAUGAAUUUGAUAAUGUUAUACGUCAACGUAUGCUCAAAUUGUGGACAAAUUUCAUAAAGUACCACAAUCCCACUCCAAUAUCCGAUCCACUGUUACUGAAUGCAAAAUGGCCAGCUUUGAAACCAGGCAAACUCAAUUAUUUCAAUAUCAAUGUUACUUUCAGUAUUGGAACGAACCCAAGGCAUUAUAAUGAGGUGAAAAAAUUAUAUGAUCAGUAUGUACACUCGCCUUUAGUUACAUAUUGAAAUUGAAGUCGAUUUGAUACUUAUAUUAUGUUUUUU